AUGGAGGCUGUGUGUGAUGCAUUUCUUUCCUCAGCUUUGAAUGUUCUCAAGACGUUUCGGACGAAUAAGCAUGAUGAUGUGCUCUUCGAGAAGAAAACAUUGCGUGGUCUUACAAGUAAUUGCUUGAGAAUGAGAGAAGAAAAAUCCACGUGUGAGCCAUUUUCUUUGGAAAUUGGACUGCUGAAAACUUCAUCAAUUUGCAGAAAGGAGGUGGUCUCCUUGGCAGUUGGUGGUGCAUUUGUUUCUUCAGCUUUGAAUGUUCUCUUUGAUAGGCUUGCUCCUCAGGGUGAGCUGCUCAAGAUGUUUCAGAAGCAUAAGGAUGGUGUUCAGCUCUUAGAGAAGCUGGAGGACAUUUUGCUUGGACUUCAGAUUGUGCUAAGUGAUGCAGAGAAUAAGCAAGCAUCAAAUCCACGUGUGAGCCGGUGGUUUAAUAAGCUUCAGUAUGCUGUGGACGGUGCUGAAAACUUAAUAGAAGAAGUCAAUUAUGAAGCUUUGAGACUUAAGGUGGAAGGUCAGCAUCAAAAUCUUGCAGAAACAAGCAACCCGCAAAUCAGUGGUGAAUUUUUUCUUAAGAUAAAGAAGAAGUUGGAAAGCACCAUUGAAAGAUUGGAGGAUUUCGAAAAGCAAAUUGGUCGCCUUGAUCUAACAAAGUAUCUUGAUUUGGGUGAACAAGAAAAAAGGGAAUUUUCAACUUCUGUGGUUGUUAAAUCUGAAAUCUUAGGUAGGCAGAAUGAAAUAGAGGACCUGGUGGGCCGUUUAUUAUCUGUUGAUGCAAAUGGCAAAAACUUGGCAGUAAUUCCUAUUGUUGGAAUGGCUGGCGUUGGCAAGACGACACUUGCUAAAGCUAUUUACAAUGAUGAGAGAGUGAAAAGCCAUUUCAAUUUGAAAGCUUGGAUUUGUGUGUCCGAACCAUAUGAUGCUUUCAGAAUAACAAAGGAGUUACUUCAAGAAAUUGGUUUAGAGGUUGAUAACAAUCUGAAUCAACUUCAAGUCAAAUUGAAGGAAAGCUUAAAGGGAAAAAAGUUUCUUUUUGUCCUAGAUGAUGUAUGGAAUGAAAGCCCUACACAGUGGGAUGACUUGAAAAAUCUUUUCGUACUAGGAGAUGUAGGAAGUAAGAUAAUUGUAACGACACGUAAGGGAGGUGUUGCCUCGAUGAUGGAUAAUGAGAAAAUUAGCAUGGACAUUUUGUCCAGUGAAGUCUCUUGGUCUUUAUUCAAAAGACAUGCAUUUCAAAACAUAGAUCCUAAGGAGCAUCCAGAACUUGAAGAGGUAGGGAAACAAAUUGCAGCUAAGUGCAAUGGAUUGCCCUUAGCUCUAAAGACACUCGCUGGCAUGUUACGCUCCAAAUCAGAGGUUAAAGGGUGGGAACGUAUUUUGAGAAGUGAAAUAUGGGAGCUUCCAAACGAUGACAUAUUAGCAGCGUUGAAGUUGAGCUACAAUGAUCUCCCCGCACAUUUGAAGCGAUGCUUUUCCUAUUGUGCUAUAUUUCCCAAAGAUUAUCCAUUUUGCAAAGAGCAAGUCAUUCAACUCUGGAUUGCUAAUGGUCUCGUACAGCGGUUGCAAGAAUAUGUACAAAUUGAAGAUUUAGGCAAUGAAUACUUUGACGAGUUGCAAUCAAGAUCAUUGUUCGAAAUGGUCCCAAGUUCUUCUCAAGGGAACACAGAGAAAUUCUUAAUGCAUGAUCUUUUGAAUGAUUUAGCCCAAAUUGCAUCUUUACAACUUUGUAUCAGGUUGCAAGAGAGCCAAGGAUCUCAUACAUUGGAAAAAAGUCGACAUCUAUCAUAUUUAAUGGAAUAUGGCGACUUUGGGAAAUUGAAACCCCUCUGCAAAUUGGAGCAGCUGAGGACAUUGCUUCCCAUAAGCUUUUCAGAUGGUUCAUUCCCUCUAAGCAAGAGGGUGCUGCAUAACAUAUUGCCAAGACUAACAUCCUUAAGGGCACUAUCAUUGUCUCGUUAUCAGAUUAAGGAGUUGCCGGAUGUCUUGUUUAUCAAAUUAAAACUCCUAAGAUUUUUGGACCUUUCUCAGACAGAGAUAAGAAAGUUACCAGAUUCCAUUUGUGUUCUGUAUAACUUAGAGACACUUCUCCUGUCACAUUGUAGUUGUCUUGAGGAGUUACCACCGCAGAUGGAAAGGUUGAUCAACUUGCGUCACCUUGACAUUAGCGGCACUCUUCUCUUGGAGAUGCCGCUACAACAAAGUAAGUUGAAAAGCCUCCAUGUGCUAGUGGGAGCUAAGUUUCUUCUGACUGGUUGCAGUGAUUCGAGAAUAGGAGAUUUGGGUGAACUACAUAACUUGUAUGGAUCUCUAUCAAUUCUAGAGUUGCAAAAUGUGGUUGAUAGAAGGGAAGCUCUGAAGGCAAACAUGAGGGAGAAGAAUCAUGUUGAAAAGUUAUCGUUGGAGUGGAGUGAAAGUAUUGCCGACAAUUCACAAACUGAAAGAGACAUACUUGAUGAGCUACAUCCAAAUCCAAACAUUAAAGAACUCCAAAUCACGGGAUAUAGAGGGACAAAAUUUCCAAACUGGCUGGCUGAUCAUUGUUUUCUUAAGUUGGCCAAAUUGUCACUUAGCAACUGCAAGGCCUGUUAUUCCUUGCCAUCACUAGGACAACUUCCUUCAUUGAAAUUCCUCGCCAUUAGAGGGAUGGAUCGAAUAACAGAGGUGACUGAAGAAUUCUAUGGCAGUUCGUCAUCCAAAAAGCCAUUUAACUCUCUUGAGAAGCUUGAAUUUGCGGAGAUGCCGGAGUGGAAGCAGUGGCAUGUACUAGGGAAUGGAGAGUUCCCUGCACUUCAGGACCUUUCAAUUGAAGAUUGCCCCAAGUUGAUUGGAAAGUUGCCUGAUAAUCUUUGUUCUCUAACAAGAUUGACAAUUUCAGAAUGUCCUAAACUCAAUUUGGAGACACCUAUCCAACUUUCAAAUUUGAAAGAGUUUACAGUUUCUGGUUCUCCUAAGGUUGGAGUUCUUUUUGAUGACGCUGAACUGUUUACAUCCCAACUUCAGGGAAUGAAGCAGAUUGUUGAAUUAUAUAUUCAUAAUUGUCAGUCUCUUACCUCCUUACCUAUUAGCAUUCUGUCGAAUACCUUGAAGACAAUAGAGAUAUAUGGUUGUGGGAAACUGAAAUUGGAGGCGUCAGUUGGUGAGAUGAUUUCUAGCGGAUAUUGUAACAUGUUUCUGGAGAGAUUGGAUCUACGUGGAUGUGAUUCUAUAGAUGAUAUAUCGCAUGAGUUGGUCCCAAGAGCACGUGAUUUGAGUGUAGAUAAUUGCCACAACCUUAAAAGGCUUUUGAUUCCUACUGGGACUGAAACUCUCGAAAUUAGGGAUUGCGAGAAUCUUGAAAGAUUUACGGUGACAUGUGGGACUCCGAUGACGUCAUUAUUUAUUCACGGAUGCGAGAAACUGAAGUGGCUGCCAGAACGUAUGCAGGAACUCCUUCCAUCUCUUAAGAGACUGACACUGUGGAAUUGUCCAGAAAUAGAGUCCUUUCCUGAAGGAGGAUUGCCCUUCAAUUUAGAAGAUCUUGAGAUCUCUAAUUGCAAGAAACUAGUGAAUGGCCUAAAGGAGUGCUGUUUAAGACUCCCCGCUCUCAGAAAGUUACUGAUCUACCAUGAUGCUAGACGAAGACUUCUAAUAUCCAAUCUGAAAACAUUAAGCAGCCAAGUUUUCAAAAGCCUCAUCUCUCUUGAAUUUCUAUCUACUGGUAAUUUACCUCAAAUUCAGUCACUGCUGGUAGAAGGGCUUCCCUCGUGUCUUUCUGAGAUAAUGUUAUAUGGCCAUCAUGAACUCCAUUCACUACCGAUGGAAGGUCUUCUGAUUAAAAUGAGUGGUGUUCUGAUAAAUCACAAGUGUGUAAGGAAGAAAUCCAUCAGUGAAGCUGUUGGAAAGGACAAAUAA